AUGCAUCUUCCGGAGGAUUUGGUCCUGGAGAUACUCUCUAAGGUUCCGGCUGUAUCUCUGGCACGAUUUCGAUCGACUUGCAGAAGAUGGAACGCUCUGGUCGUCGAUGGAAGCUUUGCUAAGAAGCACUAUGCGUACGGUCCAAGGCAGUAUCCUAUAGUUAUUAUGUUGAUCGAGUUUAGGGUUUAUUUAGUGAGUAUAGAUCUCCAUGGAAUUAACAAUAACAACGGUGCCCCAUCUGCGAAGCUAACAGGUCAAUUCAGCCUAAAAGACCCUCUUUCUAAUUCUUCAGAAGAAGUUGAUAUACGUAACGCCUUUCACUGCGACGGCUUAUUGCUAUGCUGUACCAAAGACAGGAGAUUGGUUGUUUGGAAUCCAUGUUCAGGGGAAACCAAGUGGAUCCAACCCAGAAAUUCCUACAAGGAAUCAGACUUAUAUGCCCUAGGUUACGAUAACAGAUCCUCCUCCUACAAAAUCUUGAGGAUGCAUCCCGUUGGUAACCCAUUUCACAUUGAGUCCGAAGUCUAUGACUUUGCUUCUCAUUCGUGGAGAAGUGUUGGUGUGACUACCGACUUCCACAUACAAACGAAUGAGAGUUAUGGCAUGAAUGUCAAGGGAACUACUUACUGGUUUGCUCUUAGUAAAGACUGGUGGUCAUCUGACGAUCGUCGUUUCUUACUAAGUUUUGAUUUUUCAAGAGAGAGAUUUCAAUGUCUGCCUCUUCCGGCGGAUGUUAAAAAUCUACAUCUUACUGUGGUUUUAUCGGUGACUAGAGAAGAGCAACAACUAUGUAUGUUUGCUACUCUUGGCGCUGGUAAUGUAUACAAAUUAGAUGUAUUCGUAGCAACUAAGACAGAGGAGACUACGGGAGAACUGACAUGGACCAAGUUCCGUCGUUUUCACUCUAAGAUUUGUAUAAAUGUCUCGGCCGACCAUGAGAAGAAAGUUUUAGUGCCUCACCAUAUACUCCUACCCUACUACAACAUCUUACACAUUGUGGGAGAGGAUAUAUACAUAAGACAAGUGAAUAAAGAUGGAGAUAUCGGAUGCCCAAUUCUCCUUACUUAUGUUCCAAGUUUGGUUCAAAUCCAGCAAGGUAUCUAG